AUGGUCAUUAAGAGCAAGGAAUACGUGUCGGAUUCCGACUCCGAAAACGAUGAGUUUGAGCCUCCGAAGGGUUUCAAGCCCCAACAGUUCGGCGCUGACUUUGCCAAAGCCGCUAAGGAUAAGGAAAUAUGGCUCAUCAAGGCGCCGAAAGGGUUCGACAUGAACGAACUUAAAAAGUUGCCUGUAUCGUUCACAGCCACUUCGCUUAAAAAGGGUCCCACUCCAUUCACUCAAAAUGAUGUUACUUACACCGUUAACGAAGAAUUGCUCACCACUGAGAACGCCCCUUCCAAAUACACCGUAUUGGCCGGCGGUAAGACAGGUGGGUUGGUGUCGACUUCGGCUAAGAUCAACCGGUUCUACAACAUUAGAGAGACCGUAAGCAUCCCUAAGAUUGAUUUUGACGCCGCCAGAGUCCCCAGAAAGGACGUCGAAGAAGUCGAAGGCCUCCGCAUGAGACAUUUCCCCACUGGCUACGACGCCAACGAUUUCGAAGAAGCCAAGGCACCCGCUCAGCUGGAAUCAUCUAAGAAGAGAAGUGCUGACACCACUGAAGACGCCCAAUCCACUAAGAAGCUGAAAAAGGACAAGCUGGAGCUGGGCGACAAGGACAAGGAGAAGAAAAAGAAGAAGAAGCUGAAGAAGCAAAAGUAA